AGCUGCCGUACAUGACCCUGGAGACUCCUCUCACUCCUCUGUAGCUCUUGAGCCGUGGGGAAGGACUGUCAGUUCCAUGCCAGAUCAAUGAGCUGCAUCUUCUGCUGUUCCAGCUUCAACUGUCACCUGCUCUUAGUGCUUUAGAGGAAGGCCCAUUGCAACAACUCCACCACAUCACGGCAGGGAAGAGGAAGCCUUGAGCUGCAGCAGUAGCGAGACCCAGGCAUCAGCUACCAGUGGGAUGUCCCUGGGAGAAGCAAUACGUCAGGAAACAGCCAUUAAAUGGGGAAUCGAGUCAUGGUAUCAGCUCCCUGCAGAAGUAGAUGUCAGCCGGUUAACUGCUGCCUCAGAGACCAAGCUUGGCCUGACUGGUGAUAGAAAUGACCUGACAGAGUUCCCUACCCUGGAGGAAGGAGCAUUGCCUUCAGCAGAAGCAUCUAGAAAGCAGUCACCUGGAGAAGCAGCACAUGGCUUACAGCUGGAUGCUCAGGACACUCAUUUCUCUCCCUGUCUUCCACGGCUGAUGUAUUUAACACAAGGCCAAAGAUUUUCAUGUGUGACACUUCUCCAGCAAUCAGAAAUGGAUUUUAUUCCCUUAAGAGGAGUCCCUGAUGUUUCUGGUGUCUCCGAGGAGCAUUUAAAGCCAUCAUACAUCCGUGAAGCUCUCUCACUGAUGGACACAGAAUCCCCCUCCAAUGCACCCAGUGACUGCUUUCCUUUGUCCCAGCAUCCUCUUCCACUUGGACACAUGGAGCCUUAUGAUGCCAGUUGUGGUGGUUUGUCUCAGCAAACCUCUUCUUCUGGACAACUACUUGUGAGCAAGGAGGCAAAUGAAGACUUUAAACCUGGUACUCAUGAGAGAGCAUUGAUCCCCUCAACAAGUGACACUUUAGCAAAAUCCACGUCAAAGGUGAUGCCAACAGAGGCAAAGAGACUGCACCAAAUGGCAGCUUCUCUUGCAGAGCAGAUCUGUGGUAUCUCUGUAAAAGAUGAACAUUUCUCCCAUGACAGCAAUGUACCAACUAUUGGUUCUGAGCUUGCAGAGAAAGAAAAAGGGUUACUGAGGCAUAAUGAGCUCUCAUCUUCAGAAAGCUCCUCUUGUAAAACAGCACUGACUAAGAGCUUGGAAAAGAAUGAGAGAGAGAUGCAAAAGGAAGAGGUAAAAAGGGGUGAGAGUGAGUCAGAAGGGUGCACGAGGCAGCCGGAGAAGCUGCAUGAAGAAGAGAAGGUUCCUGAGCUUGAUUUAUCUAUUAAUUUAUCUGAUGACUUGAGGAAAGACAGUUGUAAAAAUUCAGAUGCUCAACAUGUUUUUUCUGCAAAGGCUUCUGAAACAGGCAAAGGAAUGUCAAAGGAACAUGGAGUGGAUUUAAGUGGCUCUGAAAGGCUGAAGUUUGUAGCUGUUACUGAGGAGCUCCAGGGAGCUUUGCUAGAUCAUCAGCAGAAACAACCAUCUCCUGCAGUGAGGUUUGAGAAAGAGGAGUUUAUCCCUGCUGUGACAAACACCACUGAUGGUGCACCUAAACAACGGGUUGUGACUGACACAGGAGCUCCUUCCUCAUUCCAUGAGGAUGCCUCAGUGGAUGUAGAACCUGGAGGAAGCAGGAGUGAAUUAACCAUCUCGGACUUCUCCAUAGAAAGGGGCCAUAAAGUAACAGGCAUUUCCCCUUCCUUUAACCUUGUGAGUGAUGGCUCAUUCUCUGUCCACCUUCCUCAUCCAAGCUAUCAGUCUACUCCAGGGAUACUUCUAAGGAAAAAUAUUAAGGCAGAACUUGGUGUCCUUAUGAUCAAAUCAGGUAUUCAGGCCUCUCCUUCCUGCUUAAAUGAAGAAACUUCAGAGAACUCCUCUACCAUCACACCUGCAUCUGAUGAGAAGCAACAGUCACUCCAGCGUGCUCAGAAAGCAAGCAAUGAACAUUUGGAGUCCUUAAAACAUCCUCACACUGGAAGAAUUCAGGCUCUGCCAUCACUUAGUUUCAUGGAGAAGGUAGGGGCUUGGAACAUGAGCCAGCCAGAGGAGGCAUCUGAUGUGGUGACUUCAUGUGAAGUUUCUCCAGAUGGAGUUUCUCCUAGGAGAGCCUUCAGUGCAAUUGCCAGUUCUUCAAAUAAGAUUCUAUCAAUACAACAAAGUGAUAGAGACCCCAAAGAUGACGUUGCUUCUUCUUCCAGAGCAACAGGUUCCUUGGGAAGUUUGCAUUUCCACACUAAAAACUUACUCCUUGCUUACCCUCUUACCAGGUCUCAGUCUGACAACACUGUGAAUGUUUCCAGUAGGAAGGCAUCCUUGGUUGAAGUUCCUCUUCCAGCAGACUCAACAGAGGCAGUGCAGCCUCUGGAAGCCAAAAGUAAUGUUUUAGGAGUGUCUGAAAACAGUUUAGGAGGCUCCAUGAUCCAAAAGGUUACAGCUGACGUGGUUUCUGGAUCUAGCAGUAAAGAUGCACAAGGUAACAGUACAGGGCAAAGUUCAGACCCAGAUGUUCUUGUUUCCAGUGAAGGAGUUGCUCAGCUCCUUAGAGAGGAUGGAAACUCUUCAGCUGAUGACCAGAAGAAUUGUGAUGCUCUGGAAAAUCAGUCUCACAAGUUAAAUAUUCCUACUGGCCUUGUCAGAGUGGACAAUUUGGGAGAUAUUUCCCCAGAUAGUUUGAAUCUUCCCAUUAGUUCUGGGGAAGGAAGGCCAAGGGGCUCUUCAGGGAUUCCCAGGCACUUCUUUGCCAGUGCAGAAAACAACUUCAUCCCUGUUGGAGCAACUUCUUUGGAAACUCCAGAGGAAGAAGAGCUUGAUAUUGAGGAGAGGAUCCCAGUAUAUCUUCACAACCUUGGCAUUGAUCAGUCACCUGGAACUAUACUGAAGCCAUUUGUGCCCCGAGGACCCAUAAGAGAAGUUGAGUUUUCCCCGUCAGAGCUUAGAACACUGAAGGACUCCACUGACACGCUGGCAUGGUCUGCUCCACAGCCACAAGGUAAAUUGCUGUCAGCAGUUGAAAUCACUCAGACAAGUUUCAACUUCGGCACCUCCGCUCUCAGUGUGUCUGUACCAACGCAUCCAGAGGUUGGCUUUGACACUCUGUCACCCCGUGAACUCUCUCCUUGCUUCUCAAGAUCUCUUGGAGACAACCCAGUGAGUCAGUGCAGUGUGUCAUGCCGUCAUCUGGAGACAACAGCUCCCGAAGCAGAGUGUUCAGCUGUCUCCAAAGCAGCUGGAGCAAAGCUGCAGAGUGUUUCACCUCGCUGCCAUGCUGACAGGGAGAGUCCCAGCCUUGCUGCAAAGAGCACUCAGGAUCUGCUAGCUAAAAAUGAGUCCAACGAUGCAAACAGCAGCCCACAGAGAUGGACGGCUGGUUCUUUGGCUGGAGUUAAAGGUGAAGUGGAAGUUGACAGAGGAUCGCAAACUUCAAGUGUAGGGAGUAAGAGAAAUAAGGAUCAAGAAAGUGGGUCUUUGGUGGGAUCUGCUGCAUUUCAAGAAAUACAGAAGCUUUUGGCAGAGGCAGAGGAUAUAGCUGGCAGGUGGAGUGAGCCUGUCUUCUCCACUACCUCUUGUAGAGAAACUGGUGAGGCUUCCCCAGUGCUGCAUAGAAAGGAGGAUGGCUCUGAAGGUUCCAGGGUAGGGAAGGACAGAGUCCCUGAGUUCCACAAGAUACUGCCACAGGAUGAGGCUGUGACCCAAAGAAAUAGUCAAGAAGAGGGGUUGGUAACAAACCCUCUGGACUAUAACACAUGCAAUUUAAGAUGGGAAAACUCUUUUGAUGUCAGUUUGCACAAUAGUGAAGAGAUGAUGAAGGAAAUGACCAAAAUGCUUAAGACAGGAAAAUCUGUAGGAAGGUCUGAGCCAGAAGGCUGUAGCAGUGUAACUACAGACAGAAACCAGCCUGGGUUUGUGGGUCUUGCACAAAGCAGUGGAAGCAGUGAAGUCAGCACUGGAACUACUUCAGAGGCAGGGAAUCCUUCUUCCUCAGAGCCCCCGGGCAGUGUCACCGGUGUCCCAGGAGGGUUCCAGAGCACGAUGUCUAAUGCUGGUGUAGCUGGAAGCAAGGCAGGAGGCACACGAGAGAGCGACGACAGUAGCAGCGGAGAUUCCCUAGCUGCCCAUGUCAGAAACCUCCUGAUGAGGAAUCCUCGUUCCUUGGAGCCUUUAGGCAGCACCACCAAUGUCCCAGGAGGCUUCCAGAGCACGUUGUCUAGUGCUGGUACAGCUGGAAGCAAGGCAGGAGGCAUGAGGGAUAGCGACAACAGCAGCAGUGGAGAUUCCUUAGCUGCCCGUGUCAAAAACCUCCUGAGGAAUGGAUCACCUCUGACACAAGCUGUGAAGAGUGCAGAUGAAGAGGAGAGGAAAGCACGAGCCUGGGUGAAGCUAAAACUGGCCAGUCGAUCCCAGGAGUCCGUGUCAGACCUGAACCAAGAGGACCAGCAAAGGAUCCAGGAAAUAAAGGCAGAGCUGCUUCUGAGUGCCAGGAAAUCUACACGUGCCAAGGCUCUGUGGGUCCGUGGUUUGGAAGCUGCUUCUGAGUACAGUUGUAAUGGGGAACAGGACGUUGAGCAUUUCAAAGCUCCAAGUAGCAGGAGAUUUCAGACUGACAAGCACAGACAAGCCAUCAGGACUGAGGAGCUGUUAGAGUCAAGUUUAAGACAAGCUGUGCAGUUACAUGGAGCUGAUCCUUCCGAUUGUUGCCUGCUGAAGGAUACUCAGUUUAAAUCCUUGAGUACUGUUCCAACACCUACCUGCAGCCAACAUCAAACAGGUCCAACUGGUCCUUCUGAUGCCGCUGCUGAACUUCACCCACCAUUGCAGAUGGAAUGGGAUACAUCUGCAAUGAGGUCUGCAGCUGCUUCUGAUGCACAAACAGAAGCCCAUUUGUUGUCUCAGAAGAAGCUGUCGAUGGAGAAGUGUUCUGAGGAUCUGACCAAGCAAAUCACUUCUAUCACCUUUGCCUCCCGAAAACGUUUGCAGUCUCCAUUGACUUCCAUGGCACUCAGCAAUAGCUUUACUAGAGAUGGUUUUGAUGGGAUAAUGCCUCUGGAGGUUGACUGUGCUAGCACUGAGGCACACAGCCAUGACACACAACACUGGGAGAGAUCUAAGACCUCUCCUCCAAGCGCAAUGCUUGCUGGCUCAGUGUCUAGUAAGAUUGCUUAUACUGCUGAGAAAGACAGGUUUCAUCAUGUCUCUGCUGACAGUAACAGAGUUGGAGCUCGUCAAGAGACAGACUGUUUGUCAGAUCAGGAUUCUGAAAGCACCCAUGUUGAUAAAAGACAGACCCUCAGUGCAAAGAAUUCUGGUGUUCUGCCUCAAGAUGUGACUGACUCGGGCAGGCGAAGUGCCAGACUCUUGGGGCUUGGCUGUGAUAGGAGAUUUGGUCCAGAAAUGAGUAGAUUUAAUGAACCCCAUUCCAUAAGCUCUUUCCAGCAGGAGAAAAGCAGCCCAGCUGGCCAUGUCCAGUUCUCUGAGAGCUUAAAAGGUUCAGAUCCAGCUCUACAAACUGAUUUGAUGAAGGACCAUGUUCAGCUGUCAGCAGAAGAGAAGGGAAGUCCUUCUGAUGAAGUACCUCUCAUUCAGAAAGUGAGAGACCCCAUCGAUGCAUCUCACCACUCAUCUAGAGAUGAGAUUUUAUCCACCACAUCUGUAUCUCCUUCCUCACCAACUAAGAAAGUAUUGUCUUGUGUCCACAUAACUCUUUCCUCAAAGUGUAGUAACUCAGAGCUGCAUAGGGAUGUGAACACUGAAAAUGAGAUGAGACUGUGGGAUAAACCUGAAGUUAAUACUCAACCAGUGUCUUUUAAAACUCCAGAAACUUUAAUAGAAGCUGUUUCUAAGUUAUCACCUCCUGAUCAAAGAUCUUCAUCUUUCCCAAUGCCAGUGUCUUCAGCAGAUCCCUGCCUCAUGCUCUCCUCUGUCACAAGCACAGCAGGGCAAGAGCUGCCUUCACAAAGCAGUGAGAGACCACAAGUCACUGUUCCAGCUUCAGGGCAGUGCAGUCUGAAGAAUACCUUCAACUCAGUAGCUCCUGCAAGCACUGUGAAAAGCACUUCUGAUGCUGCCACACAAAUAACAACAGAAAGUCCUGUAAAAACCACCUUUUCAGCAGAAAUCUAUGUUAAUUCACAAGACAGUGGAAAUGAUGUUCACAAACUGCCUCUCCAGAAAGCACAUGAGCUUCCCAACAAUACAGCUUCAUACUCAAGGCAUGGUGAUCAGCCCUUAUUGCUGCCAUAUAAACCUUCUGGAAGCACUGGGAUGUAUUAUGUUCCUUACCUAAAGGCAGGAUCCAAAACGUCUCCAGUUGGGUCAGAAAGCAGCGUGGAGAGCUCUCACUCAGGGUCAGAUGAUGCUCUUCCUCCAAGAUUUCAGGCAGAUGUGCUUGGUUUAAGGGAUGAUACUCCUCCAGACAGUACGGCUCUCAAGCAUCAAGAAGGAAUCUACAGUAAGAGGGCCAAGCCCAAGCUGGCCUGGGCUGAGGACCAAAUGAUGCCACCAGAUGCUCCGGCAGAGCACACAAAACCUGUGAAAUCCACUCAUUCAGCCUCCAAAUCUGCACGAUUCUACCUUCAUCAUCCAGUGCCAACACGUGAGAGCUACAUCCUGUCUAACAGUGAGCUGUCAGAAGACAGUUCUGGUGUUGGACCUGCCAGACCUUCCUCAAGUGCUGUCCUGCAGAAUAGGAGGAAACCACAUCGUCAUCACUGUGUUUUCUCUGCUCGUCAUCAAAAAGAUGGUGAAAGUGAAUUCUUUCCACUCACUGCAGAAGCAGAUAACAGCAGGAAUGAGGAUCUACACAUCAGCACAUCUUUGGGGAAUGAAACAUCAUGGAGGGAGCUCCUUCACCACGGUAGAAGAGAAGCAGAACAAAAAGCAGCUAGAACUUAUCCUUUGCCACGUAGCCAGACAACUCGCCUCAAUGAGGAUGGGAAGAAAGACCUGCCACAGAGACAGAGAACCCACUCCAGUGGUAGCUUAGAUGAACUCUGGGUUAAGUUCUUGGAGUGCCAGAAGAGACACCAGCACCAUGAUUCUAGGAGUAACGGUGAGCUGACCCUUGUGGAACGCCUGGAUCGCCUGGCCAGGGUCCUUCAGAAUCCCCUUAAGCAUACACUGAUACCAACAACAUCUGACAAGAGUGUUUCUGGAAGGAGAAUAAAGGGAAGAGAACAGGAGAAAAUAAGAGUGCCAGAAAAAAGCAUGUCUGAAAGUACCUCAGAGCCUGAUGCAACACAUGUUGAAGGGAGACCACGCAUCACCCAUGACAAAAAUAGCUUUGUUGAGCUGAGGAAAAACAGGUCAGGAGAGAAAAUCAUCUGCCACAUGAAGAACGUUUUGGAGCAGCAGCAGUGCUUGGAAACUCCAAGUGACACCUCCUCAGAGGCAAGGCUUAGUGGAGAUCAUGGCACCACAAUCAGUUCCACCACCUCAGAAUCAGAUGCAGUGACCCAAACAGAGAUGGAAACUGUCACUCAGACUGAGGUGAGCAGUUCCAUUUCCACCAUCGAUACUGCCAGGCUGAUCAGGGCUUUUGGCCAUGAAAGAGUUCGGGUGUCCCCAAGGCUCUCCCAGCUUUAUCAUACCAUCAACCACCAGAGAAGUCGCUCUGAAAAGUGGGAUAAGGGCAAAGCAGGGGGUGUGGAGUAUCCAAAGGCGACUUCUGAGAGGCACAAGAAGAGGAAAGAGAUCCAGACUGCCAUCUCCUUUUCAUCAGAUUCAACUUCUGCAAGCAGCACGUGGGGACCCAGCUCUGCUCUUAGUAACAAGCGACGGGCACGGAUGCUCAACAAAGGUAUCCAAGCAGGAGACUUGGAGAUUGUCAACAGCGCAACUAAGAAAAACACUCGAGAUGUUGGGGUGACUUUUCCUACCCCGAGAUCAAACCAGGCAAAUGAACAGCCACAGGAACCCUGGCGCUGUGUUGAUGGUAAUUUUGGAGAGUCAGAUGGUAUGGUCACAGCUCAGCAGGCAGCAGCAAGCAAGGGGAAGCAGAAGGGACAGCCAGGCCAUGUUUUCAUGGAGAAAAGGACAAAAAAGAGCAGGCUGCAUUUACCACAAGGGAUUUCAUGGUUUGUGCAAGCAGGAGACUUGAAAUCUGAAUCUAGAAAAGAAAACCAUUCCAAUUCCUUUUCUGGUCCUGGUCCAUCUUGGUUUGAGCCAUUCACCAGCACAAAGCCUUGGAGAGAGCCUCUCCGUGAGAAGAACUGGCAAGAGCAGCAGCACAGCAACGUGGUUCAGGCAGGAGGUCCAGGAAGAGACCCUGAGAAUAGGUCCACAUGGCCCUAUGUGAAGCUCACGCUGCAGGAGGCUCUUGCAGUGCAUCGCCCCGACUUCAUCUCCCGCUCUGGAGAGCGUGUGAAGCAUCUGAAGCUUGUCAUGGAGGAGAGGAAGAUCCAGAGCGUGCUGCAGUCCCAACGGGAAGAGCUGUUUAACCCUCCAGAGAAAAGAAAGGGCUACAGGAAUGCAAGCCACAUGCUGUCUGACAGAGGUAUUAGAGAAAAGAGAAGAACAAUUCCAAGGGAUGAAAUGGUUCAAAGAUCUAAACGGAUCUAUGAGCAGCUGCCAGAGGUGCAGAAAAAGCGAGAGGAAGAGAAGAGGAAAAUGGAAUACAACUCCUAUCGACUGAAGGCCCAGCUUUACAAAACAAAGAUCACCAACCGUGUCUUGGGGAGGAAGGUGCCUUGGAACUGAUAAAGAUCUGUUCAGAUGAAGUUGUCUGGUUCUUGGUAACCUUGCAGCAGGCAGGAGAUUGUGAUGUGACAGAGAUAAAGCAGUAAAUACGUGUGCAGUGGAUGCUUUGUGGUAUUCAGUUGUGUGGUUUUUGUACUAGUAUCAUCUCUCUGUAUUUAAGAAUCAAUGUUUUGAUACGAAUGGCAGGUUUUAAAAUAAAGGACUGGUUUUGUAGUGGUGUUAUGCACUUCACAAGUGAACACAAUUUGGAACUACUCAGUUCACAAUGUAUUUAUAACUCCCUGAUUGUAAAGCAGUUUUAUAUGUAUUUAUUUCAAAUUGGUUUUGACAAUUUUUUUAGGGUUUUUAUUUCCUCUCUCAAUGUAGAAAACACACUUGUAAUGUUUUGUACUGCAAAAGCCCCUUAAAUAAAUAACAUCAAAUCUGUUUCUAGUAA